AUGGCUCCUCCGGCGCAGUCCUCGCGUAAUCCUUCUCCAUCUCAACCGUCCGGAAAAGGUGAAGUGUCGGAUUUGAGAUCGCAGCUCCGGCAGCUCGCCGGGAGCCGAGCUCCCGGAGUGGACGAUGCGAAGCGGGAGCUCUUCAAGAAAGUGAUCUCGUACAUGACGGUCGGGAUCGACGUCUCGUCCCUCUUCGGCGAGAUGGUGAUGUGCUCCGUGACGCCGGACAUCGUGCUGAAGAAAAUGUGUUACCUCUACGUUGGCAAUUACGCCAAGGUCAACCCUGAUCUUGCUCUCUUGACCAUAAAUUUCCUCCAGCGAGAUUGCAAAGACCAGGACCCGAUGAUCAGAGGGCUUGCCUUGAGGAGCUUGAGCUCGUUGCGAGUGGCGAAUCUGGUGGAGUAUCUGGUAGGGCCUUUGGGUUCUGGUUUGAAAGAUAAUAAUGCUUAUGUGAGGACGGUGGCUGUCAUGGGAGCGCUUAAGCUGUAUCAUAUAUCUGCUUCAACUUGCCUUGAUGCUGAUUUCCCUGCAGUUUUGAAGCUUUUGAUGCUCAAUGACUCUGAGUCGCAGGUUGUUGCGAAUUGUUUAUCUGCAUUGCAAGAGAUUUGGAACUCGGAAUCAAGUACUUCUGAGGAAGCAGCAAGGGAGAAAGAAGGUUUAAUCAGCAAGCCCUUCAUAUAUUACCUUUUGAAUAGGCUUAGGGAAUUUAAUGAAUGGGGUCAGUGUCUUGUGCUUGAGUUGGUCGCAAAAUAUGUGCCUUCUUAUACCAAUGAGAAUUUCGACAUCAUGAAUCUUCUUGAAGAUAGACUUCAGCAUGCAAAUGGGGCUGUUGUAUUGGCAACCAUCAAAGUGUUUCUUCAGUUGACUCUGUCAAUGGCCGAUGUUCACCAGGAGGUAUAUGAACGUAUUAAAGCCCCUCUGCUCACCCUUGUGAGUUCCGGAAGUCCAGAGCAAUCUUAUGCUGUAUUAAGCCACCUUCACCUCUUGGUGAUGCGUGCUCCAUACAUAUUUGCUUCAGAUUAUAAACACUUCUACUGUCAGUACAAUGAGCCUUCAUAUGUCAAGAAAUUGAAGCUUGAAAUGUUGACUGCAGUUGCAAAUGAAAACAAUACAUAUGAAAUUGUGACUGAAUUAUGUGAGUAUGCUGCAAAUGUUGAUGUUGCUAUUGCACGAGAAUCAAUUCGUGCUGUUGGGAAAAUUGCUCUGCAGCAGUAUGAUGUGAAUGCUAUCGUUGAUAGGCUUCUUCAGUUUCUGGAGAUGGAAAAGGACUAUGUAACUGCUGAAGCUCUGGUACUUGUCAAAGAUCUGUUGAGAAAAUACCCUCAGUGGAGCCAUGACUGUAUUGCAGUUGUUGGGAAUAUAAGCAGCAAAAAUGUGCAAGAGCCCAAGGCAAAAGCAGCUCUUAUAUGGAUGUUGGGUGAAUAUGCACAAGACAUGGACGAUGCUCCUUAUAUUUUAGAGAGCUUGGUGGAGAACUGGGAAGAGGAUGCUCCUGAGGUUCACUUGCACCUUCUCACAGCAAUAAUGAAGUGCUUUUUCAGAAGACCACCCGAGACUCAAAAAGCAUUAGGAAUGGCAUUGGCUGCAGGCUUGUCUGAUUUUCAUCAGGAUGUCCAUGAUAGAGCGUUGUUCUACUAUAGACUACUGCAAUAUGACGUAUCAAGUGCAGAGCGUGUAGUGAAUCCUCCGAAGCAAGCUGUCUCAGUCUUUGCUGAUACACAGAGCAAUGAGAUCAAAGAUCGCAUAUUUGAUGAAUUUAACAGUCUAUCUAUCGUGUACCAAAAGCCAUCAUACAUGUUCACAGAUAAGGACCACCGGGGACCAUUUGAGUUCUCAGACGAGAUUGGCAAUCUUACAGUUGGGGCCGAGUCUGAACAUGUAGUGCCAGCUACCAGUGUCGAUGCUAAUGAAACCAGUGAUCUGCUUCUGAGUACCUCCGAGAAGGAGGAAACGAGAGCAAUGGUCGCUGAUGGCUCUGAUUACACCGCUCCGUUCUACGAUUCAUCAAAUCCAGCUCUGCCUUUGCAAUCCGAGCCGGCAAUUACAGGCCUUUUAGGAGCAGCAGAUCCAGGACCACAGGCUUCCACGGCAAUUGAUGAUCUACUGAUGGGUCUAGAUCUAACAGCCCCUCCGGCUCCUGCUUCUGCACCCCCACCAUUGAAGCUCAAUGCCAGAGCUGCACUAGAUGCAGGAAGCUUCCAGAAAAAAUGGCGGGAGCUACCUGUAGCUAUGUCUCAGGAAUGUGAGUUAGGUUCGCAAGGUGCUGCGGCACUGACAUCACCUCAAGCUCUCCUCCAUCACAUGCAGGCCAACUCGAUCCAGUGCAUUGCGUCGGGGGGUCAGUCACCUAACUUCAAGUUUUUCUUCUUUGCACAGAAAGCGGACGAGCCAUCCGUGUUUCUUGUAGAGUGUAAAAUCAAUACCUCAACAACCAAAGCACAACUGAAUAUCAAGGCUGAGGAUCAGAGCACGUCACACGAAUUCUUAGCUCUGUUCCAAUCAGCUUUGUCCCGACCAGAAGCAGCAAUUAUGGCAUUGGCGGCGGCAUGGAGAAGAGUCUCGUCGUCGGCGACCGGAGUAGCGACUCAAUCACUGCCGGACUGUUUCCGCUUCAAACAACGUAGCUUCUGCAGCUCCGCCACUGCUGUUGCUUCCGCUGAUACACUACUCGCCAAACUGCUUCAGCUCUCGACCUCUCAAAUCAAACGCGCGCUCGACUCCGUCGUCGCUGGGAGAUCUUCCGAUCUCGCUGUCUCGGAAUCUCUCGUCGCGAGUCUCGCCUCGUCUUCUCCUCAGAAAGCCAAGCUCAUUCUGGAAUGGAGACUGGAGAGAAUGCUCAACGACGGCGAGAAGGAUCGCAGCCUCUACUCCAAUUUGAUAUCUCUCUGUGCUAAGAUUCGAAAUGUCCCGCUGGCUAUGACAAUGUUUACUUCCAUGGAGGAUCGUGGGAUUCAGGCCACAGCUUCUGUUUUCAAUUCCCUGAUUCAUACUUGCUUGUCCUCAAACGAGGUAAUUACUGCCCUAAGCUUGUUCGAGGUAAUGGAAAGCUCUGAAACGUUUAGGCCGGAUUCGGAAACCUACGAUACUUUCAUAUCGGGGUUCUCCAACUUUAGAGAUACUCACAGAAUGCGAGCUUGGUACCAGGCCAAAAGGGAAGCCGCUUACCUUCCAAAUGCACUGAAUUAUGAAUCUCUAAUCUCUUGCUGCGUGAAGGUUAAUGAUUUCGAUUCAGCUGACUUGUUUUACAACGAAAUGAUGGCUCAAGGGAUCGCCCCAAGCGAGAAGAUACUGGAUUCUGUGCUGGAGGGGCUUUGUAAGAGGAGGAAUUGUGAGAGAGUUAAGGAGUUUGUGAAUUUUCUAAUGGAAUGUAGGUUCGAGAUUUCUGGCCGUUUGAUUGAGAAGGUUGUGAAGUUGUACUGCGAACUUGAGAAACCAGAUGAGAUGGAGAUGCUACUCGAUGCUCUAGUCGAGUUCAAUCAAGUUGGUGAAGCUUUGUUGCAGGUGCAUUGUGGGAUUAUAAGAUUGUAUGCAAGUCUAGAUCGAUUGGAUGAUGUUGAAUACACGGUUGGGAGGAUGAUGAGCCAGGGGAUGUCGUUUAGCAGUCCUGGUGAUGUCGAGAGGGUAAUCUCUGCAUACUUCAGGCAAGAAGCUUAUGACAGGCUUGAUUUGUUUCUGGAACAUGUGACACGAUACUGUAAGCUCACAAGAUCGACUUAUGAUUUGCUGGUUGCGGGAUAUCGAAGGGCUGGAUUGACCGAGAAAGUCGAUUCUGUUGUGAAGGAUAUGGAAUCAUCAGGGGCAUUAGCAUGUUGA